CGAAAACGGACGACCAAAUUCAUCUUCAGCCUUCAGCAGACACAGAAGAUUUCAAGUUUCAGUUCUCGCUCUCUGAUCACAAAAUGGGCAACAACAAGCCCAGACGCUUUAAAACCCACCACUCUCACCGCGGCCAAUCCAGCAGAACCCAUCAAUUUCAAAGAGAAGACGAGUCUCUGCCACCUGAUCAAGAGCCUGAAGACGGGCCAAAAGUUCCGAAAAUUCAGCUGGCCAUGUGGGAUUUUGGGCAAUGCGAUGCAAAGAGAUGCACCGGAAGAAAACUUUCAAGAUUUGGCAUGUUGAAAGAGCUACGGGUGAGUAGUGGGUUUGGAGGCAUUGCAUUAAGUCCUGUUGGGAGUCACUGCAUCUCGAAAGAAGAUUACAGCUUGAUAAAGAGAAAAGGCUUAGCUGUUGUUGAUUGCUCUUGGGCACGCUUGGGGGAUGUACCAUUCGCGAAGCUGCGUUGUGCUGCUCCUCGCCUGCUACCAUGGCUGGUAGCAGCAAAUCCUGUAAAUUAUGGUCGGCCUUGUCAGCUAUCUUGUGUGGAGGCAUUAGCUGCUGCUUUAAUAAUAUGUGGGGAACAGGAAACAGCGGAUUUGUUACUAGGCAAGUUCAAAUGGGGUCAUUCAUUCCUGUCUCUCAACAGGGAACUGCUGAAGGCAUACUCCGAAUGUGAAAAUAGUGCUGCUAUAAUUUCGGUCCAAAAUGCUUGGCUUUCCCAGCAAAGUCAGGUUCCAAAGGUUUCUCCAGAAGAAGUAGAAGAGGCAGACACAAAUAAAGAUGAAGCCUCUUCUAAUGACUCUGAAGAUGGGCUUCCUCCACUCGAAAAGAACAUGAAUCAUUUGAACUUUCAGGAAAGUGAUGAUGACUCUGAAGGUGGGCUUCCUCCACUUGAAAAGAACAUGAAUCAUUUGAAUAUUCAGGAAAGUGAAGAAGAAAGUGAGUAAAGAAGUAUGCACACAAAAUGACAUAGGAAGAUUAUGAGCUUGUAAAUCCCGGGGCUAGGUAAUGCACGAGGAAUACAGGUUUCUUGAUGACAUGUAUGGACGUAUUUAUAUGGUUUGCAGCUUUCUUUCUUAACUCGUAUUUAUAUCUAUAAAUGGUAAGUCUUUUUUUUUUUUU